AUGUCUGGAAACGAGGAAGACAAUGGAGCUAGCCUCUCGAGAUUGACGAGCAAUGACUCCGAGACAAAGCCGAAUGUCUUCAAAACAGUCUGGCGCAACAACAAGGGCGUUUUUCUGAUCUUGCUUGCUCAAGCAACUGGAUCGACUAUGGAUGCCAUUGUCAGAUUCUUGCAGCAAGGAGGACAUGGUAUGCAUCCUUUCCAGGUCAUCUUUGCUCGUAUGAGCAUCACGGCUCUUCUUAGCACCGUAUAUAUGUGGUACACAAAGGUGCCUGACUUUCCCCUUGGAGCACCAGCUGUAAGAGGCUGGUUGAUUUUGCGAGCAUUGGCAGGUUUCUUUGGAUUGUUCUGCCUGUAUUAUUCUGUACAUUACCUUCCACUCGCAGAAGCAACAGUUUUUCGAUUCCUGGUACCAAUUAUCACAGCAUGGGCUUGCUCGGUAUUCCUCGGACAGACUUUCAGCAGGACAGAAUUUGCCGCUGGAGUGAUCGCUUUGCUUGGUGUGGUCAUCAUCGCCCAUCCAGCUGCCAUCUUCGGCAGAGUCGACGACGACAUUGAAUUCCCGCACAAGCCUAACAAGAUCGAUGAUGUGUCAUCUGGUCAGCGUCUCCUCGCCAUCUUCGUCUCGGUCAUUGGCGUUCUUGGUGCGUCUGCUGCAUACACCCUGAUUCGUGUCAUUGGCUCUCGUGCACAUGCACUCAUCUCAGUCAACUAUUUCGCCUUGAUCAGCACUUUCGGGUCCGCCGGUGCUCUACUCGUGCUUCCCGGUAUGGGCUUCACUAUGCCUCACGGAGCUCGUGAAUGGUUGCUCUUGUCACUACUCGGUGUUCUCGGCUUCGUUCUGCAAUUCUUGCUCACCGCCGGACUGCAACUCGAUAGAACCAGCAAGGCUACGAGUAUGCUAUAUACAGGCAUCUUGUUUGCUCUCGCAUUCGACUGGGCGAUCUGGGGUGUCUUCCCUGGCUUUUGGUCAUGCAUCGGAGGUGCUGUUGUGAUUGCCAGCACGCUGUGGUCUGCUUUGCAAAAGUCGAAGAGUGCUUCUGUGGGUGCUUCGCCCAAGAAGGAAGUCAUUGACGAGGAGAGCGCUCUUCUUGGCACUCAAACAGAAGGCAGUGAAGAGGCUGCUAGAGCAGGUGCAAUCCGUAACUCUGUUUAG